AUGGUUCAUCCGUUGCAUUUGCAUGCCCUCCAUGAGCUGCUGCUGCAAGCGAGGUCUCCACAUGCAGCCCUAGGACUGGUCUUUGUCCUGCUCGUCUGCCCUCUUCUUCUCCUCCUGCUCGUGCGCCACCUCGCAACGCCGUCGACGGCCGCGGCCACCGCGAGAGCCAGAGAAGAGCUACUGGGCAGGCUGCCCUCUCCUCCCAGUAGGCUCCCUAUCAUCGGCCACCUGCACCUCGUCGGCUCCCUCCCGCACGUCUCCCUCCGCGACCUUGCCGCCGAGCAUGGCCGCGACGGCCUCAUGCUCCUCCACCUCGGCGCCGUCCCCACGCUCGUGGUCUCGUCGCCGAGCGCCGCGGAGGCCGUGCUGCGCACGCACGACCAUGUCUUCGCGUCCCGGCCCUACUCCGCCGUCACCGAAAUCCUCUUCUACGGCCCCGCGGACGCCGCCUUCUCCCCCUACGGCGAGCACUGGCGGCAGGUCAAGAAGAUCGCCACCACGCACCUUCUCACCAACAAGAAGGUCCGCUCCUACCGCCAUGCCCGCGAGCACGAGGUGAGAUUGGUUGUGGCCAAGAUCUGCGAUGCGGCCUCCAAAUGCACCGCCAUCGACCUGAGUGACCUUCUCAACGCCUUCACCUAUGACAUUGUGUGUCAUGCUGUGUCUGAGGACCACUUCCCCAUGUUAGUGAAGAUGGACAUCAUCAAGAGAAUGGUUUGCGCCAAGGCCCAGAAGGUGAACAAGAUGUGGGACAACCUGCUCAAUAAUAUCAUCGAUGAGCAUGCAAGCAAGUUGGUGCCAGAACACAACAGCGAAGACAGUGACUUCACCGAUGUGUUGCUUUCUAUCCAACAAGAGUACCAACUCACGAGAGACCAUAUUAAGGCUCAGUUAGAGAUCAUGUUUGAAGCUGGCACAGAUACAUCAUUCAUAGUGUUGGAAUAUGCGAUGGUCCGGCUCAUGCGGAAACCCCACCUCAUGAACAAGCUACAAGCUGAGGUGAGGAGCACUAUUACCAAGGGGAAAGAAAUGGUUACCGAAGACGAUCUCGAUAGUUUGGCCUACCUAAAGGCAGCCAUUAAAGAGACACUCCGACUCCAUAUGCCUGGGCCACUCCUCAUACCCCACCUCUCCAUGGCCGACUGCAACAUAAAGGGCUACACGAUACCAUCAGGAAUACGUGUCAUCAUCAAUAGUUGGGCUCUUGGAAGGGACCCUAGUAGUUGGGAGCAUGCAGAUGAGUUCAUGCCUGAGCGGUUUAUGGAAUGUGGUAGCGCCGCAAAUAUGGACUAUAAGGGAAAUGACUUCCAAUACUUGCCCUUUGGGGCCGGGUGA